UUUUUGCCGCGACGAAACCUAGCUCGAGACGUGGCUAGGCUUCUGCGGAAACCUUGCGGUCCGAUUUCCGGUUAAGUAGCCACUCGUAUAGUGCUGUAAUCCUCUUUGUUUAAUGGAAGAAAGUUCAGAAUUGCCGUUGCCGGACGCAUUUCUUGAUUUUCUCAAGGCCAAUGGGCUGGACCCUUCGAUUUACACCGCAAGCGAUUCGACCCCUCGUUAUAUAAGGUUAAAACCUGGUUGUGAGGCUUAUAGUCAAGAGGUUGAAGCUGAUAUGGAAUGCAAGCUUGAGAAAGUGGGUUGGUUACCUGGGUUCUAUUCUCUUCCACCUGAUAUUCGGAUUGCUAGCUCGAAGGCAUACCAAGAAGGAAAGAUAUAUGGAAUUGAUGCGGCCUCUGGAGCUGCAGUUAUAGCUCUAGGUAUCUCAGCAGGAGAUCAUGUCCUUGAUCUCUGUGCUGCCCCUGGUGCUAAACUUUGUAUGAUAUCAGAGUUUCUUGGUGACUCGGGUUCUGUAACUGGCAUUGAUGUUGCAAGACAUCGUAUCGCGGCUUGUAGAACAAUGCUACAGAAAUAUGCACUGGGUGAUCGAUGCCGACUCUUUGUAGCUGAUGGAACAACAUUUUCCCUCCUUCCUGUGGAGUUCCAUUCUAAUUCAAAAUCAUGUGAACCUGCACUGGAAGAAAAGGGGGACACAUUCAGAGAGUGGACGUCUAGGAGACCAUAUAAAGAAAGGAAAAAAGCAACUAAGGCAAUGAAAACUGCUGCUUCACCAUUAGUACCAGGGACUCAACAUCCAGAACUUAUAUUUUAUGGGCGGCAUUCUGGAGUGGUUGGUCUCUAUAGCAGUGAAUUAUAUAGUACUGUUUGUGACAGUGAGAUAUCAAGCCGAGGCUAUGACAAGGUCCUUGUGGAUGCGGAGUGCACUCAUGAUGGGUCAAUUAGACAUAUCCAAAAAUUUGAAAAUUGGGGUUGGACAACUUUUCAGCGUCGUGUAUUGGAUGCAGAGAGAACUAAUAGCUUGACAGUUCUUCAGUUCAAACUCUUAAGCAAUGGUUUUAGGUUACUAAAAGUUGGGGGAUUACUUGUCUACAGCACUUGCAGUUUGACCGUUGCUCAGAAUGAAGAUGUGGUAGAGCUGUUUCUCAAGGAAAAUGCUUCUGCUGAGUUGCAGGAGGUAGAUGCUGCCAAAAAUUGGCCUUGCAAGAGUGGGCGGAUACCAAAGACCUUGCGGUUUGACCCUUUGACGUCACAAACCAGUGGACUUUUUGUAGCGAAGUUCAAGAAAUUAGGUAUCUAAUUUUUUUUUUUGAAUUGAAUUAGGUAUCUAAUUGAGGUUGGUUCUAGAACCGCUUGUGUGUUUGCUGUGGCUAAGUAACUGUUGUUCUCAUGAAUCAACCUGUGUCUUGCUUAUUAAUUGAUCUCUUUGGAUGUGGGUGCAAAGAUUUUCUUUUUAACGUUUCUGGAAGCAUAUGUAUAAGCAUUUGUUUUUUCGAUUGAA